AUGGGCCUGAUCACGCACAUCGUCGCCUUCAAGUACAAGGACGGGACCACCGACGCGGAGAAGCACCUUGUCGCCUCCUCCUUCCUCGCCCUCCAAGACCAGUGCAAGCUCCAGGGAACGGAGGAGAACUACCUAUCGGUGACUGGCGGAUCCAACAACUCUCCCGAGAGCUUCAACAAGGGCUGCGAGCACGCCUGGGUCGUGACGUUCCGGAAUCUGCAAGAGCGCGACUACUACCUCGACAAGGAUCCGGCGCAUCAGGCGUUCAAGGAGAAGGCAUUGCCAUUCAUCGUGGACGCCUUUGUGUUCGACUUUGAGCAGGGAACCUUUGCCUCUACUCGCCCGUAA